AUGCAGCAGCCUACGAUGCAACCAUCAAUGAAUCCGCCUUCGGUUCAGUCUUCAGUGAUGCAGCCAUCUGUGCAGCAACCUACGCUGCCAUCGUUAGCGCUGCAAUCUUCCACUCAGUCGUUAGAACCUCCACUUCAGCAAAGUUCUCUGCAGAAUCCUCAAAUGCAGUGUCUCCGGGUGCAAUUUCCGCCGAUGCCGCAGAAUUCAACGCAGCAUCAGUCGCCUCAGCAUCUACCGGUAAUGCAGGUUCCAAGGCAGCCUGCUUCGGUGCAGAAGAUUCCAGCGCAGCAGCUUCCGGUACAGUCCACUCCGUGGCAACCUUAUCAGGUACAACGAUCUCCAGUGCAGUAUCCACAUGUGCAGCAACCACCAGCGCAGUAUCCACAGGUGCAGCGUCAUAAAAUGAUGCAGUAUUCAGUUCAGGAUUUACCUAUGCGACAAUCCCAUAUACAGCAACUUCCGAUGCAGCAGCAUCCACUGUACUAUCUCCCUAUACAGCAGCCCCCAGCGCAGUACCCGCAAACGCAGCAGUCGACGAUCCAGCCCCAAGCACAAUUUGCACCGAUGCAGCAGUCAACGUAUCAGUCUCCUUUACAGCCGCUUCAAGCGCAAACUCCACCGACGCAGCAGCUUCUGAUGCAGCAGCCUUCGACUAAUAAUCCUCCGAGCUCUUGGGAAGAACCACCACCAGAUUAG